AUGCUUCCCCACAUGACACAGCUUCUACCCCUCGCGGCGGCGCUGCUAGCUGGCACCAGCAACUUCGCCAACGCAAACCCGCUCUUGCGCAGAAUGGACAACACGCAGUCCGUCGGGACGAACCCUAUUUCCAAGCCAAAGGUUGACUACCUAGGCUUCCAAAAGGCCGACAACAGCUGUUCCCAUCGCGAUCUCGGAUUCACGGGCGCCAUUGCCGGCAAGUACUAUGCCGUCUGGGGAGAUGUUCUUUGGUGCGACGCGGGUGUGACGGAUCCCGAUAAGGACACGCCUGGCUUUCACGGCAUGGUCCGCGAUGCUGUGUCCGCCACGACGAACAACCCACUCCUUGUGCACGAUUUGAACCUCGGGAGCAACGGACGUCAGAACCAGUUCAUUCCUUUCAACGCCUCCUUUGGAGAGAAGCAGGAUACUGGAUUCGGCGGAACGAGCUUGGUAGAAACUGACGCUUCUACCAGCACCGGUGCGGUGUUUUACUUGGUUAACCAAAAUGCCGAUGGACUGAAAGGCGCCGGCAUCGCCAAGGUCAACGUCAUCAACGGCACUCCCACAGUUACCCAACGCUUCGGCGACCAGGGCUUCUGGUGGGCUGCCAACAGCAACCCUCGCUACGGCGAUAUCGCGGCCUUCCGCGACCCGCGUUCCCAGUACAUCUACGCUUGGGGAGGUCCACCGACGACCGCCACCGGCUUUGCUGACAGCAACUACGUUUACAUGGUUCGCGUCAAGACCAGCGAUGCUUUCGAUUUCACCAAGUACCAGUACUGGUGGGGACGUCAGCAGGGCUGGAAGUCGGAUCGCUUGAUAACCUUCUCAUCCGAGACAGCCGUCAUGUGGGGUACGGGUCAGGGACAAGUUGUCUGGAACGCUUUCUAUCAGUGUUACAUCUUCGUUCAUCUUGGCGUCGGAGGCGGUGCAGUCUUCUUGAGGACAGCUCCUAGCCCUGAGGGUCCUUGGACACCCGAUAUCCAGAUCUUCCAGGCUCAGCCUAUUGAUAACGGCCUUGUGUACGCUGGCGUUGCUCACCCAUACCUCGACGAGUCUGGAAAGACUCUGACCAUUUCGUUCACCAACAACAACCACAUUCAAGUCAUCAAGGCCACGUUCUCUAAGUAA